AUGCAGUUUGUUGUCACAGGCCUCAUCAUCACCGCAACUGUCGUGGAGAGCAGCAUCGUUUGUGCACCUGGAGCAGAGGAUUGUCAAGAAGCUGAGCGUGCAGGGUUCUCUGUAUUACAAGCUCACCACCUGAUUACCAGAAACCACAUCACGAAAGAAACUGAGUAUCAUUGGGCCUCAGGCCGUGGGAACUUUCCCGAAUAUGCAGUGUCCAUACAUCCUGCACCCUUCAACCUCAGUGAAUCACUUGCCUGGCAGUGGCACCACCCACUUGGAAGAUUUGCUACUCUGACCUACGGGACAGCGAUCGAUGGGGACAGCAACAUUUACCUGUCAGGUGCAGACGGUGUCAGGAAGUUUGAUCAGAAUGGCGCAAUGCUUUGGGAGUACGAAUCGCUCCCAGCAGAGGUGAUGAAUGCUCCAUCCCUGUACAAUGGGCUGGUGUACGGUAGUGACACUUACGGCUAUGUCUUUGCCCUUGAAAUGAAGACAGGCAAGCAAGUGUGGAAAACUCGUGUGGCCGAAACAAUUGGCCAGGACAAUGGCUUCAACAUGGUCCGUGAAGACAUUGCGCUUGCCGCAUGUGAGCACCAUCCUCCAUCUUCAUUCGGGGCUGCAAACCACAAGAUUAAGGCUCUGAAUGCAAGCACCGGUGCUGAAUUGUGGACGUUUGAGCCAGACACACCCGUGUGGAAUUUCUUGCCGCUGUUCGUGGAAGAUGACUCCUUUGUGUUUCAGGACAUGACGGGUAAGGUUUAUCGCAUGACCUUGAGCACGGGGAUACUGAAGUGGAAAGCGGGCGGACUAAAUGGGACCUGGACCGAUGGCGGCGCGGCCGUCGGUCCCAACGGCCUAGUGUAUGCUGUAAAUCUCAACCGCAAAGCGCCAAUGUUCGGUAUCUCUGAGAACAGCCCUGGGAAGCUCAGCGCAUACAACCUCACUGAUGGAAAGCUGGUUUGGACAAUCACAACUCCGCGGCCUCCAAACAAUGCACCAGCAGUUGGACAUGUCAAGAAUCUCCCAGGGCUGUCCGUUGUGAUGCCCGUGUGUACACAAGUACGACCUGGAGCGACUUGUGAUGUACAAGUCUAUGAUGCACAGACUGGCGGCCUGCGAUGGGUCUUCCAUGGCCCUACCCAGGAUGCACUCCUGCAGGCUGGUGAUAUGGAGGGAGUAGGAACCGUUUUCGUGGGUAACGAGAUGGGCAAGUUUUUUGCCCUCCGGGAUCUGGAUGGUGAUGGAGUGACGUUUGGAGAGGGCGAGGUAGCUUUCUAUGAUACGAAGGCAGCCUUUGCCGGCUCCUCCAGUCCUGCCGUUGCCCCAGGUUUGCUGGCAGUGGCAGCCGCUGCGGAUGAGAAUUGGCCACUGCAACCCUCCAGGGAACCGGCGUCGAAGGGUUGCUACGCAGGACAAGCCGACCAUGCAAAGUGGCAUGCCAACGUGCAUCGCCUGACCAACAUCGGGGUCAUUUUGAGAAACUCUUCUUUCACGAUGCAGUUUGUUUGGGCUGCAUGCUCCAUCGUUGUGGUGGGUGGCAUUCAUGGUACCGCCGUUGCGACGGAGGAUUGCCAAGAUGCUGAACGGGCAGGGUUCUCUGUGUUGCAGGCCCACCACCUCAUCACCAAGGACCUGGUAAAGAAAAAAGAAGAGCAUUUCUGGGCGUCGGGUCGUGGAAACUUUCCUGAAUAUGCGGUGUCUGUUUACUCUGCCCCGUUUGAGCUCAGUGAAUCAUUUGCUUGGCAGUGGCACCACCCAUUGGGAAGGUUUGCGACAUUGACGUACGGGGCAGCUAUCGACGAGGGAAGCAACAUCUACCUGUCCUGUGCAGAUGGGGUAAGAAAGUUUGACCGCGAUGGGACCAUGCUUUGGGAAUAUCUCUCGCUGCCAGCAGAGGUGAUGAAUGCGCCUUCAGUGUACAAUGGCGCAGUUUAUGUUAGUGACACUCACGGUCAUGUUUUCGCUUUAGAUAUGCAGAGCGGGGAGCGAAUCUGGCGGACUCGCGUCUCUGCGACCAUCGGCCAAGACAACGGCUUCAACAUGGUCCAUGCUGGUAUUGCCAUUUCAGCAUGUAGCUGGCGAGAGCCAUCGCCAAAUGGUGGUGCAAACCACAAGAUAAAAGCUUUGAAUGCAAGCACGGGGGGCAGAUUGUGGACGUUUGAGCCAGACACGCCUGUUUGGAACUUCUUACCUUUGUUCGUGGAAGACGAUUCCUUUGUCUUUCAGGAUAUGACCGGGAAGGUCUACCGUCUGAUCUUGAGCACGGGGGCACUGGUGUGGAAGGCCGGAGGACUGAAUGGGACUUGGACCGACGGAGGCGUGGCUGUCGGUCCGAACGGUUUGGUUUACGCUGUGAAUAACAAUCGCCCCUUGCGACACAGCACCACAACCAAAUCUGAACCGGGUCCUGGAACGCUCAGCGCCUACAAUCUGACUAGCGGAGAGUUGGUGUGGGCGAUUACAACGCCUCGGCCUCCAAACAAUGCCCCCGCCAUCGGACGGGUCAAGAAUGUGCCAGGUCUUUCUGUCGUAAUGCCUCUCUGUUUUCAGGGACAACCAGGAGCGACUUGUGAUGUACAAGUCUAUGAUGCAGAGACUGGCGGCCUUCGCUGGGUCUUCCACGGCCCUUCCCAGGAUGG